AAUAUUUUCUUUGGAAGUGAUUCUUAUGAUUAAAACAAAUCUAUUGUUUAUGAUAUGUAUUGUCAGCGGAUUUCUGCUAACUCUUCAACUGAUAUGUCUUCAGAUACUCGUCCGAAAGGGUCAAAUUGAAGUCAAGUCUUCGUGGUCCCUCUUAGAUGUGGUCACAUUCAACGCUCACCAUAACUCCAUCCCAUUGUUUAUCAUUGAUAGUGAAAUCUUGAAGAAUAUUUCGAUGAAAAGUCAUGACUUGACUCGUAAUACGUAUUGCAAUAUCUUGUGUUCGGACCGACCGAUCAUACAUUUGGCCACUUUGUCACAGUUUGCCACACAAUUACUCGUCGACCGAUUUAUAAAUGCCGUCAAAGCCAAAGGUUAUACAGUAUUACAGUUCAAAGAAUUGGAUCCAAUAGUUAAUCAUUUAGACAUUGAGGUCCACAUUUUGACGCAUCUGAUUAUCAUUGAUGAGAGCGUUAACUUUGAAAAGACAACUCAUGUCAUACAUAUCGCUGUAUUUUACGAAAGACUUCAAUCGACCAAUUGGUGGCACGGAUUGCUUAAUCUUAAUGAUGACCAAAAAAGAUUACUUCAUCGACAAGGAGUUAAAAAAUCUCACUUUAAAGUGUCACUUAAUAAUGCCAUUUAUGACAAAGUUGAAAUAAUAAGGACAACAAUCGAUGGUUUGUAUUUGCAUUUACCGAAUCCAAUGAAUAAUUUUAUGCAAAAACCAGAAGACGUGGAGUUUAUAGAAUGCAACAAAAGUCAGGCAAACAUUUUCCGUGAGAAAUACGGUCGCGAAGACAAUGAAGAAGCAAAUAAUUUUCGAAUUAAAGCAACUCUUUUACUGACAAAAGUUAAACAUAUUUUAGAUGAACUAUCGGUUCCAUUUUGGUUGAGCAGUGGAACAGCUCUCGGAUAUUACAGACAAUGCGAUUUCAUUACAUACAGUCAAGACGUCGAUAUUGGCAUUUGGAUCUAUGACUAUAAGCCUGAAUUAAUCGAUGCUUUUUCCAUCAAUGACUUGCUUUUGAUUCACAGAUUUGGUGAAAUUGGUGACAGUUUUGAAUUGUCAUUUCUGGACAAAGACAUCAAAUUAGACAUUUUCUUUUUCUAUAAACAAGAAGAUCAUGUUUGGAACGGUGGAACUCAGGCUAAAACCGGCAAUAAAUACAAAUAUAUUUUUCCUGAUUUUCAACUUUGUUGGACUGAAUUAAUCAAUUUAAAAGUUCGUAUACCGUGUCAAACGUUGACUUAUAUUGAGGCCAAUUAUGGUCGCAAUUGGUUUGAGCCAAUUAAAGAGUGGGACUGGAAGUCUAGUCCACCAAAUGUUGAGCCCAAUGGUCAGUGGCCACCAGACAAAUGGAAAGAUGUCAUUCAAUUACUUCCUAUUCCUGGAUUCUAA